GCGUCAUGUGAUUCGAUUGUCACGUGAUACGGUCUCGUGUCUCCUUCCUCUCCCGACUCCCUAUUACCAAGCCGGUGUUGUUGGGGCGUGACGUCACGCUUGUCAUAUGACUGGCGGCCGAUCGGGGACUGUGCAGUAGCCGUAGGGUUCCGGGAGUCGGAGCGGCAGCAGCACCAACCAGUCUACAGUUCUUCCGCGUCCCUCGGCGGCACCAUGCUGGCCCUCAUCAACAAGCUGCUGGACUGGUUCAAGUCCCUUUUCUGGAAGGAGGAGAUGGAGCUGACGCUGGUCGGGUUGCAGUAUUCGGGGAAGACCACCUUUGUCAACGUCAUAGCGUCAGGUCAGUUCACAGAAGACAUGAUUCCCACUGUUGGCUUCAACAUGAGAAAAGUUACAAAAGGCAAUGUUACUAUCAAGGUUUGGGAUAUUGGAGGUCAGCCAAGAUUUCGCAGUAUGUGGGAGCGCUACUGUAGAGGUGUUAAUGCUGUUGUGUACAUGGUAGAUGCAGCAGACUUGGACAAAGUGGAAGCAUCUAAAUAUGAAUUGCACAACUUGCUAGAUAAACCACAGUUGCAUGGAAUCCCUGUUUUAGUACUUGGAAACAAAAGAGAUCUUCCUGGGGCUUUGGAUGAAAAACAGCUUAUUGAAAAACUAAAUCUUUCGGCUAUUCAAGAUCGAGAAAUUUGUUGUUAUUCUAUUUCGUGUAAAGAGAAAGAUAAUAUAGACAUUACAUUGCAGUGGCUUAUUCAGCAUUCCAAGUCCAGGCAUUACUGAGGUCCCAGCACCUGAACCUUCUUCUUUUCCCAGCGUCUUUUCCAUUCUGCCUCUCGUGUACGGGCAGGAAGGAGAAUGAAGGCGGCUGCUACUGGAAUUCACACAUCAUUUGGAGCAGUUUAUGCAAACUUCACUUACCAUUUUUUUUUCUUCCUUCAGUAUGAAAUCAGAAAUGUGGUUUGUUGAUCUUUUAUACUUUUCAAAUCCCUUUCAGCACUAAAGGAUUUUCAGGGCAACACUUAAGUUUAUUGGAUUAAUCGUUCAGUUAAAUUUGGUGCAUGUCUGAAGUUAGCCACACAGUUUGCUCUGCUCUGUGUUGUUCUGGUGGUAGCAUUGUGAGAUGAUACAGUUUUUUUUCUUUUCUUCCCUCUCUACCAUUGCAGACCUUAUUUCCUUCCUGUGUAUUUACUACUCUUUAAAACCAUAAUUACUACUCAAUUCUCCCCUUUACUGAAUUUUUAUGUUUUGCCUAUAUAUAAGCGUACAUGAUAUUGUUCCACUUCACCUUUUUUUAUUUGUAUUUUUUUUUUUUUUUCCAUUAAAGAACCUCUUAUGCUAAAAACCAACGGCAGGUUGAACUUGAAUGUGUAUGUAUUUGCCUUGGAAACUUUUUUAAUUAAGUUGCUGUAAAUAUUAAUAUAACUCAUCAGGGUUGCCUUAAAUGUAUUAUGCAUAAUGGUGUGUGUCUGCCAAAGGUAUUUUCAUGAGAUUUUCAAUCAUUGGGAGUAAGUCUACAUUAUGUUUACAGGUUCUUUUUUCUUUUCUAGUUUUCUUUUCACAUUUAUACAGUAAUAUAAUAAACAACCGUACAAUACUGCAUGUAGAAUGUCGGAUAAUGCUAUUUUUAUACCCCCUUGCAACUCUUUUCAGCUUUGUCACUGUACUUUCAUAACUAUGGCCAGAAAGUCUUUCUCCUAUUGCCUGGCCCACCUCCCUUUUAAACAAACACCACAAGUAGUAUCUGACUUUGGUGUAAAUUGAAUUUUUGUGAGUCAAUUUGGGGAACAAUUUUAUUGAGGCCUUUCAAAGUAAAUCUACACAUUGUUAGAAGAGGCACCGGUUAUUUCUGUAAUUUGAAAACCAAUUUGCCACUAUUAUGGAAAAGCACUUUAAAACUCUUUCCCUCCUUUUUUCUAUGCAUUGUUCUCAAGGCAGUAAUUCACAUUCAUUAUGGACAUAGAGUUUGUUUAUUUGUGGCAUCCCUGUUGUAGUACAGUAUGUGGAUGUAGUGAAAAUGAUUGUCUGAGCCUAUAUUAACUUGCUGCUCUAUAACAACCUGCCCCAGGGCACCAAGCUCAACUCCAUUAUACUAUGGUUAUAAAUUAUGACGAAUCUAUAAAAUAUUGAUGUUUGUCCAUGCAUGUCAGCUUCUAUUGUUAUAUUUGGAUGAACUUUAUUUCAAUAAAAAAGGUGGACAGUU